GGGUUUCUCACAAUAUCUUGUCGCGAUUGGACGCCACGGCUUCAUCACUCCUGUCGCCGGCUUCGGCUGAUGCAGCGGCGAGAGGCGCGAGGACGCCGACGGGACGGACGCCCCAAAGGUCUCCACCGCCACUGCGUCGCGUUUGCCUCAGUAGGCCUUCUGCUCCAGCAUCCGAGGCGGAGAGCACGGCGACGAUCUGACGUAUGCAGAUAUGCUGAGAGCCGCGCAGUCUCAGAGCACACUGGCCCGGUCUUGGGUGUUUCCUGGUGGAAUUUUAGCGUGUCUGUCCAAUUUACAUUGUAACAACUGGUCAGGGAGAGGAUGCCCUGAUCAGAAGCAUGCAUCCUGAUGGUUCUUAGUCGGUAAGAUGGUUAUAUGACAUAUAGUAAUGCUUGGCUUUUUUGUGGUACCACUUUAGCUACUAUCGUAGUAAUUUCAGACUCUCAACUUCUCAAUUAUUUUACACAUAAGCAAGAGCACAAGAUGACUUUCAGUGCAAUGCUUACCUUCAUAGGUUGAAGUAUCUUUAAUCAUAAGUGUAUUUGAAUAUAUGACUAUCAUUUCAGCAUCUUGCUUUGUCAGGGGCUCAGGGCAUAAAGCUCUAGUUAACAUAUGUCACUUGAGAAAGGUGGUUUCUUUGAAAACAUUAUGGUGCCAUUGUUUUCCUGGAUUGAACAGUAGCUAGUUGUAUUUUAAGUGCUGGAGUAUUGUGCUUAGCAAUUCUGCCACUCAAUGUCAUCAUCUUACAAAAUUGCUGGGCUGAUGCAGUGCCAAGAAGUAUUUAAAUCAGAUUCAUGGAAAUUGCAUCAGAAGGAAGUUCCAUACCAUAAGAAUAAGUGAUUCGUGUAGUAGUUUUAUGGAACAAUAGAAGUGGUAUAUAUUACAUAAUAUGCCAGAUCCUUAUUAUUGGCAUGCCUAUCCUUUUACUGAGUAUUGGAGCAGUUACCAAUUUUUCACCUGGAAUUACACUGAUACAAAAUCACCACACCAACUCUCAGAGUUCUGUUCAAGCACAUGAGACUGUUAGCUCUGUGAGUGUCUCCAGGGAUGUGGGUCAAGGUAAUAAAAGUCCACGAGCUCGGUGGCCCAGAAGUCCUUAGUUGGGAAGAGGUUGAGAUUGGGGAUCCCAAAGAAGGAGAAAUCCGGAUCAAGAACAAGGCCGGAGUCAAUUAUGUCGAUAUAUAUUACCGUACCGGAUUACAUCGAGCUCCUCUUCCAUUUAUUCCUGGCAAGGAAGCAGUUGGUGUUGUGUCUGCCGUGGGUCCUGGUGUUACUAGUUUCAAAGUCGGUGAUGUUGUCAGCUAUGCUGAUAAUCCAAUGGGUUCUUAUGCUGAAGAACAAAUCAUCCCAGCAAGUGUGGCCAUUCCUAUACCCCCUGCAAUAGACUACAAAACUGCAGCAUCUGUUUUACUGAAGGGAAUGACUGCAUAUGUCCUUGUGCGACAAGCCUUUAAGGUCCAGAGAGGCCACACUGUUCUAGUCCAUGCUGCUGCUGCUGGAGUCGGCUCUCUCCUCUGCCAGUGGGCAAAUGCCCUUGGCGCCACUGUCAUUGGCACUGUUUCAACUGAAGAGAAGGUCGGCCAAGCAACCCAAGACGGAUGCCGGCAUGUGAUAGUGUACACGAAGGAGGACUUUGUUACCCGGGUUGCUGAGAUCACGUCAGGCGAAGGUGUUCAUGUUGUCUACGAUGCCGUUGGGAAGGACACAUUCCAGGCUCCACACUUUGUUGAGCAGGGAUCGUUGGCAUGCUUGAUGUCGCGCGGCUGCAUGAUCUCCUACGGCCAGUCUUCAGGUAGCAGGCCAGACCCAGUCCGGUUGAGCGAUCUCGCGCCAAAAUCGUUGAUCCUGGGCAGACCAGGACUGAUGCACUACACCACCAACCACGACGAAUUGCUGCAGGCUGCCAGUGAAGUCUUUGCCAGCAUCAUGGCCGGCGUGCUGCAGGUGCACUCCAACCACGUGUACCUGCUGUCGGAGGCUGCCCGCGUGCACAAGGAUCUCGAGGCUAGGAGGACAUCUGGUUCCAUCGUGCUGAUACCUGACGGCCAAAGGUUGUAGGAGAAUGCAAGUGUUAGCCGUGGCCUCUGGUUCUGCAUUGCCAUAUUCAGAGUUUUGUGCAUGAUAAUGUUGCUCUGGGAUGCACUCUGCUAAACAGUUUACGACAAUUCUCAGGUACUGUGAGAUUUCAAAAAAAAAAAUCAGAUUGUCUUGGUGGAUGAAUCCAUCAAUCCAUCAUGUGAAACAGUAUAUGCUGUCUGUCUAUAUUGUGAGGUACUGUGAGACUUAUAAAAUUCUAUCAGAUUUUCUUGGUGAAUGAAUCCAUCAUGUGAUGCUACCA